CCAACCAAAUGCAUAGCUCUCUCUUUAGCAAUGCCAUGACAGAGAGUUCAGAAGUAGCAGUUACUCAACAUGAGUUUAGAUGCUGUGAAUGAUGUGUGUCACUUCAGGAAUUAGACCUGCUCAUGCAGCAGUAAUUGCUGUGAUUCAUUAAAAGCAUGUGCACAUUUUGCACACAAACUCUCAGCCAGAAACCGAGAAAAGGUGGAGCGAUGAGAGAAAGAGGGGGAUGGGGUUAGCAAGAAAAAGGAGGUGAUUGCAGGGGAGUUUGAGAGAGAGUUGUUUAGCAAGAGAAUGAGAGCAAAAGAAAGAGGAUAACAGAUUGUAAGAUAAAACUCCUUGGACUUGCCGAGUAAAUAUGGGAGUCAUGUUGGUGUGUGAAUAUCCCGUCACUCUUCUCUUCCUCGUCAGCUUUCACCACUUUUCUUUUGUGUCAUCAUCUUCCUCAUCCUCAUCUCAGAAUGCCACUCAACCCCGUUCCACCCACUCUGAAGUGAUGAGUAGUUUUGAUGAAUAUGAUGAAGAAACCCCCACAGCAUCCCCCAGCUCAUCCUCCACCAGCGCUCUGGAUCUCAACCCGUGUGACUACGACAUGUGUGUGGAGCAGCAGCAAACCUGCAUGGAUCUUGCAAAGGUGGAAAACUGCCUCUGCCCGGGUUUGAGUGAUCUCUUCACGCGCCCGAGCCCCCCACGCAUCUCCCAUCUGACUCAACAGGGUGGCAGAGGAGUUGUGGUGCACUGGUGUGCUCCCACCUCUAUCAUCAACAGCUACAUUGUCCUGGUGAAAAACAAAGACAGAGUUAUUAGUAGUAGGGAGGUGGAGCAGCAUAAGAGGGCGUUGGUGUUGGAGGAUGUGGAGGCUCAAGCAGUGGUGUGUGUAGAAGCGGUGAAUAAAGGUGGCGUCAGCGAAGAGGACGAUCAAUCAUGUGCCAACUUUGAACCCAAGCAUGCAGAUUCUGGAUUAGCCCUGAAACUGGGCAUUAUUGGCGGAGUGGUGGGACUCAUUCUACUGCUGAUUCUAGCUCUGCUGUUGUGGAGACAUAAAAGGCGACAGAAAUUUACAGCCCGGAGUGAGACAGAGGGGGUCCUGUGAGGGAGAUAGGACAUGUGCUUCAUAUUGGUGAAGUGAUGGAGGUUAAUGAAUGAGCCUGGACUGAUUGGCCGCUGCAAGCGGAUACUGGAUUAUAGAGGGAGUGUUUAUGAAUGACUCAGUGAGGGAGCAGAGAAGGUGGAUGAAUGACUCAGCACAUUCUUCUCAUUCUGCUCGUCGCUGUCUAGUGAUAUAGGACAGUCGCAAAACUGCAGUCUGUUUGUGUGCUGACUCUAAUCAGGGGCGCUAUUGAAAAGCUCCACUUCCCCAAAGCUUGAACGCACUUUAAAAUUCUGUGGAGAUAAGAGUGAUAGAUUUUAUAUUUCGUUUUUAUUUUUUUACAGAAAAAAAAGGCAGAUUUGCAAAAUAUAAACUUGUUUGUAUAGAACCGAUUCUGUUUCACAGUUCUGACUAUAAAAAAUGUUGAUGCUUAAAAUAGAUGAAAUCAAAUUGUAUUAUAUGUAAUUUAAAUAACAAUAAUAUAUAAUAAAUAUUAAGAAAAAAUUUAAAUAAAUAAACAAAUAAAUAAAUAAAGGCGACACGGUGGCUCAGUGGCUGAUGAAUAAUGAGACUAAGCCGAAGGAAAAUGAAUGAAUGAAUAAAUAAAUAAAUAUAAUUUUAAUUUUUUUACAAUUUUGAUUGUUUGAAGUUGAAAGAUAAUAUUUAAUUUACUUUUUUUAAGAAAAAAAUCAAACUUUUGAGACAUAAACUCCUUGAUUUACUUUCUGACAUUUCUGCCUUUUUUUCUCGCAACCUACAGGAAAAAAAUAAUAAUAUAUAGUAAUUUAUAGUAAAUACUUGUGUUUUAGAACCAUACUAUAGCAAAGUUCUUGAAUAAUUCUGUUAAGGUAAUGUCAUAGUUAUAUGGUUAUACAACAUUAGAAAUAUAAACAAAUGACCCAAUAGUGUACAAAUAAAUUAUACCACAAAACAAAUUUACUGUAGUAAAAACUUAAGUAUACUCCAGUGUUUUUACAGUUUAUCAGUUCACUGUAGUUAAUACUACUACAGUGUGCUGUAGCAUUCAUUAACAAAGUGUUGUAAGAUCUUAAAUGAUCCACUAUAUACAGUAUGAUCCACAUAACUAUAAUAUGGUUGAAAAACACUAUAAUAUUCACUAUAAAUUACUAUAUUUAGUUUUUUUUUUUCAAGUGGGAAAUAUCAUAGAAAUUUGACUUUUUCUCAGUUGUGAUACAGAGAUUAGCAAUAGCAAGUGAGAACUGUAUCAUACAAAGUCAAAAUUGCAAAACAAACUCAAAGAUGAAAAGUUAAAAUUGCAAAUUAAAUAAGACCCUUAAUAUUUCAAAGUUCAUAGAUUUCAAUAACAGAGAUCUCCUAAUUAUGAUACACCCUGGAAUGUAUACUCAGAAUUACAUUUUAUAACCUUUCUGAGGUUACAUCUCAUGACUUUACAAAAAUAAAAAUUAUGAGAUGA